AUGGCGAUGGAAGACAGACAUGUGUCGAUGCGUACGCGCAGAGUUCUAACGGACAAUGGGAUAGCGGAGGCUUUAAACGAUUCUGAGUUUGAAUUUUCGGGAGAUGAUUCAGAUGAAGAUCCGAAGUUUGUGACACCAGAACUUAACCAAACAGCCAAUGAUCAUCUAAUUAGUAAGUCAAGCAGUUCAGAUGAAGAGGAAAACACAGUGGUUCCUGCAGCUGCUUCCCCGGCGUUCUCUAGUAGUUCUGAUAUCGCAUCGACGUCAUCACGGCCCCGUUCAAAAGGACGUGGCAGAAGUGUUUCACGUGGAUGUAGACGUGGCCGAGGUCGUGGACGUGGUCUCAGUUUGAGCGAGGAUACUCCACGGCUGCAAUCGUCGCCUUUGUCAACCCGCCAGAUUGCGAUUAGGAAUCGUCAACAUAAUAAUGGCUUUCAAGAUACCUGGACCAAGGUACAU